AUGAUUUUUUCUUCAGUUGGCUACUCAACUUGUCAUUGGUGUCAUGUUAUGGAGCAUGAAUCUUUUGAAGAUGUUGAAAUUGCCAAUAUUUUGAAUGAAAAUUUUGUUAGUGUUAAAGUCGAUAGAGAAGAACGUCCGGAUGUUGAUAAACUUUAUAUGACUUUUGUUCAGAGCUUAACUGGUGGUGGAGGCUGGCCAAUGAGUGUUUUCCUUACACCCGAACUUGAGCCUAUAUAUGGCGGCACUUAUUUUCCACCUCGCGACUCUUUUGGCCGUCUUGGAUUUUCUUCUGUUUUAACAAUGAUUACCGAUAAAUGGAAGAUUAAUAAUGUUCAAAUGCGUAUUGAAGGCCGGCAAGUUGCUGAGUCACUACGUAGUGCUUUGGAACCUACAACAACAAUUAAAGAUGGACAAAAACAAAACUUUCCAAAUUCUGCUUCUGCUUUAAUUGCUUGUUUUGAAUGGCUCUCUAAACGGUUUGACUCCACUUUUGGUGGUUUUGGUUCUGCUCCAAAAUUCCCCAAAACUGUUGAUUUGGACUUUUUACUAAAUUUCUAUGCAGUUAAAAAACCUUCAGUUGAAGCGGAUAAAGCAUUAAAUAUGUUAAAAUUGACUUUUGAAAAAAUGUUUGAGGGUGGAAUACACGAUCAUGUUGGAAAGGGUUUUCACCGAUAUUCAGUUGAUUCUAAAUGGCAUAAAAUGCUUUAUGACCAAGGCCAAUUAUUGCGUUCUUUCAGUAAUUUUUGUAAAACUUGCCCUUCAAAUAAAGAGUUGGCAACCGAUGCAAUAAUUGAUAUUGCUAAAUAUUUAAAUACAAAUUUAUCACACCCAUCGGGAGGCUUCUACAGUGCCGAAGAUGCUGAUUCUUUACCUGAAGAAGGAUCUAAAAAGAAACGUGAAGGGGCCUUUUGUGUUUGGACAAAAGCUGAAGUAGAAAGAGUUUUAGGUGAUAGACCUGCGAGGCAUAAUGAAAAUGUUUGUCUCGAUGAAAUUGUUUGUGCUGCUUUUGGUAUUCGAGAUGAAGGAAAUGUGCCGGCUUCUGCUGAUCCACAUGAUGAAUUGAAAUUACAAAAUAUUCUUCAUCUCGUUACUCGUCCUCAACUUGAGGAAAUUUCAAAAGAACAUAAAAUGUCUCUUUCUGAACUUUGUGAAUGUAUUGAAGAUUCGAAACGUUUUCUAGCUGAGGAACGUGCUAAAAGGCCAAAACCACAUUUAGAUAAUAAAUUGGUUACUGCUUGGAAUGCUCUAGCAAUUUCUGGAUUUUGUGCUGCUUCAACAAUUAUCGAUGAACAAAAAAGCAAACAAUAUAGAGAACGGGCUGAAAAUGCUGUCAAAUUUAUAAAAGAACACUUAUACACAGAGGAAAGUGGAGAACUUUUACGUUCUGUUUAUGUUGAUGAAAGCGGAAAUAUUGUUCAGAGUUCCUCUCCGAUUAUGGCAUUUUCUGAUGACUAUGCUUUUUUAAUUGAGGCUCUAAUUGAUCUUUAUUCACUCAAUUUUGAUGAAAAUUUAUUGAAAUGGGCAGAACAAUUACAAAAUAAAAUGGACAUUCUCUUCUUUGAUUCAACAAAUAAUUCUGGUUAUUUCACCUCUCGUGCUGGAGACCAGUCAAUAUUUGCACGUAUAGUUGAUGAACAGGAUGGAGCUGAACCCUGUUCAACAUCUGUAGCUAUUUCUAAUCUUCUACGCCUUUCUUCUUUGCUUGAUUCUAAAGAAUUUAAACAACGUGUCGAAUCUGUUUUUCUCUCAACUACUUGGACAGAACGUUUAACUAAAUUUCCUUUUGUUGUUCCUAAACUUUUACUUCCUCUAUAUUCACUGACUAAUCCACAAUUUCAGUUUAUCAUUGUGGGAGAUAUAAAUGAUUUUACAACUCAAAAAAUGCUUCAAAUGAUUCAACAAAAAUAUUUACCGAUGGCUACAAUUAUAUUUCUUGAUGCUAACAAAAUUAAGAUAAAUGGAAAUAAUUCUUUUCUUUUACAAAAGAAUUCACAUUUAAAAGAUUAUAUUGAAAGUUAUAAAACUGGAGGGCCUCCAACAAUAUUUUUAUGUCAAGCAGAAUCAUGUGAAAUGCCUAUAAAUUCUUUAGAAGAAUUACAAAAAAGAUUGGCUAAAUUAUAA